GACAUAACUGUGAAAUCGGAGCACGUGACAAUGAAAUCGCCAAUCAAAAGUCGUUUUAUGAAAAGGUAUUUGCUCAUUCACCUUUUUUAGUUGCAAGAUGGGCGACGAAUGGUGAACCAUAAAAUGAUUAAAUUCGGGUUUAAGAUUGAUGUGAGAAAACAUGAGUAGACGAGGGGACUCCAGACAGAAAAGAGGACAAUCAAACAGCCCUGUGUCACAGAAAGAUCAGAAAGCUCCAGGUACCAGACAGACAAAAAGAAAGGGAGGCCUCUUAGAGCCAAAUGCCUCUCCUAAAUCUGAUACAAGUGAGAACAUAAUAAACCUACAGACAGACACACAAGAAGGCACUGAGGACAAACAGCCAUCAGAGUCUGCAAAGAAACAGAAAGCAGGCAGAGGACGAACAGGUAGAGGGAAGAAAUAUCCACCAGAAUCCUCCAAAUUAGAGGAAGAAGAACAGCCUCCAAAAGAAGGACCCAGCAAUCCAGAGGUCAACUCUUCUUCUACUGAGGGGCAGAAAGUGGAAACUCAGGGCCUACCCCCUCCUCUACAAUCUACCCACCAAAGCGGUGACUUACAAUCAAGUGGUGGAUCCAGACCAGAAUCCCGCUCCUCUCUGAAAAAAUCGACUGAUUUACAGGAGAUGGAGACUCAUGAAAAGUUGAUAGCUAUUCCUCCCAAAAAACGAAAAGGGAAUGAAAUAGAGAGGGAGCCUUCCCCUCCAUCUAAGAGACAUUCCAUUGAUUUGAGUGAAUGGAUAAAUCAGAGAGUUCUAGCCAAACGUGACGGCCUCUACCAGCCUGGACAGAUCAGCGACAUCAAACAAAACAGACACAUAGGUGUACUUUUUGAUAGUGACAAAAAUACUGUAUAUUUUAAUGAUGUUCUGGAUCAGCGCACACAGUUUGAUAUUAUAAGUGACCAUAGUCCCAUGGCUAUGAUGACCAAUGUUGGUAGCAGAGUGUGUGUGAGGAUCAUUCCUGAAGAAAAUUUUUAUUAUGAAGGGGUUAUAAUAGACAAAAAGUCACAACCUGUUUCAUAUUUUGUCAAGAUACAAGGUCACCAUGAGGACAAAUUUAGGGAACCUCAGUGGGUGUCUCGUGCAGUGCUCCGACUUAUUCAGCCACCAUGGUAUGAAGACCUUGAGAAUCUACCAGAACAGCAAGAACCAGUCACUCCUGUUCCUAGCAUGGGAUAUCCUCUUCAGUUACAAAUGCCACAUCAUCCUAUAACUCAUCAUCAUUAUAAUCCACAAAUGGAGAUAAGUCCUCCAUUGCAAGGCAGGUUGGAAAGGUCCCCUUCAUUGCCACAAAGCACCAGUAUAGAAAGGGGGGAUUCCUCUGAAGAUGAAAUGAAGAGUGAAGAAUUUGAUUUUGAUUCAGGUCUAAGCACCCCUAGAUCUGGCAGUGCUACUCCUGGGUCUGGGUGUCGGUCCCAGGGAGGGAGUGGGGGAAACCGUCCUCCUCCAAAAAAGAGGGAAUUUUCAAGGAGCAGGAGUGUGCAGUCUUGUGAAAGCAGCAGAUCCAGUACCCCUAGAUCUCCAAGUUCUACGCAGAAGUAUAAAAAGGGUGAUGUGGUAUCAACUCCUAAUGGGAUUCGAAAGAAAUUCAAUGGAAAGCAGUGGAGAAGAUUGUGUUCUAAAGAGGGUUGUACGAAAGAAUCUCAGAGACGUGGUUAUUGUUCUAGACAUUUGUCUAUGAAGGGACAAAAGAGCAUGAGAGGAAACAUGCAGCAAUUUAGGAAGGGGGAGUUUAAAGAUGGCCAUAUGGAGUGGUCUGAAAGUUCAACCAGAGAGAGUAGUGUCACUGACUUUGAUCCAGAACAUCCUCAGAGAUUUGAUGAAACAGAAGCAGCUAAUAUGUUGGUGUCUUUAGGAAAUUCAAGAUCCACAACUCCAGCAUUUUCACCAACCCCUAGUAAUCAUCCUAUUUCUCCACACCCUGUGCAAUCACCAAGUACUAUGGGACCAAGGGGUAAUCCCUUAUCAUUUGCACCUAUUUCUCCUCAUCCCCAGACACAGGGCUUCAUGACCUCUCCAACUCGUAGCUGGAGCUCAGGUACAUCAAAGUCGGGGAGCUCCUCAUCAGAACAUGUAUCCCCAAUCACACCCAGAUUCCCUCCAACAUCUCAUGCACACAUGUACAAUACUCCUGAAAUGGAACAAUUGUAUCAGAAAAUUGCAAGUGCGAGCAAUUUUAAACUAGAUCCAGUGAAAGCAGGCCAAGAACCAGGCAAAGCUCCAGUGACUUAUGACUCUGCCAUCUUGCAUGCACAGCAGAGGAUUCCAACAGGAAGUGUUUCUGUGCUACCUUUAACUCCUGAUUUGCAGGCCAGAAAAAUGACACACAGUUUGUCCAUGAGUGCUCUACCAUCUCCAAAUCCCGAUCGUCAUAAGGAGCUCAACAAUCGCAACACUACUCCAUCCUCAAGAAUUUCAAAAUCAUCAAUGUCCACAUUGAAAAGUCUGAUAAAUUCUGCCCCUGCACCAAUUAAACCCCAGACAGCAGUGGUGCCUCCAGUGUCCAGUCCAGAUCAUCUGCCAUCAGUCAUACAACAGCAGCUACAACACCAAAUUCCCGCUCAGUCCUUAUUACCCAUAAUGCCUGUAGCCAAUGGAGGAAAGAAUGAACAACCCACAGCAGUCACCUCUGCACCAGUUAAUUCUAAUAAGCCUGUGCCUGUGUUUCCGUGGCACGCAUUGGUUCCUUUUCUCACUAACACAGGACCACCGACAGUAGCUCAGGUUCCUACGUCAACCAUAGAACAACCAAUAGAAAAACAACCACAAGCUGUCAACUCCACAUUGUCACCAAAGAAAGCCAGCCAAUCGGAGCAAAGAGUCAGUGCUUCAGAUGCACCUCCCAUUGAAGAUGAUAUUGAGGAGGAUUAUGACGAUGAUGUCUUUGAUACUAAGGAAGAACCCCAGCCUGAGCCAAAAAAGAUCCCCGCAAAAAGACGUAGCCAAAGCCUUAGUGCCUUAAAAGACAAAGAGGAAAAGAGCCCCAAAAAGUCAAAAGAUAAAGACCACAUCAGGAGACCUAUGAAUGCCUUUAUGAUAUUCAGUAAGAGACAUCGACACUUGGUCCACCAGCGACACCCUAACCAGGACAACAGGACAGUCAGUAAGAUCCUAGGGGAGUGGUGGUACGCUCUGGGACCAGUAGAAAAACAAAAGUACAACGAUUUGGCUAAUCAGGUUAAAGAGGCCCAUUUCAAGGCUCAUCCAGACUGGAAAUGGUGUUCCAGGGACAGGAAGAAAUCUGGAACAAUUGCUGACAAGUUAAAACAGCGGACAAGUAGUCAGCGUCUUAGUUCUACUGACGACAUAUUGGAGGACACAGGGUGGGAUACUACAAUGGACAAUGAAGACAGUGUAUUUUUGAAUCGAGAAUCCUUGUUUGAAAACAUAAGAGGGGGAAGAUCUCAGAGUUUGUCAGCCGUCCCACGAGAUGGGGAGGGGUCAGCCUUCAUGCCACCGGGGAUGAAUAUCAACCCAAACGAGGACCAAAGAGGAUUUACAGAGGCAUUAAGAAGACAAUUAACAAAUGGCCUGGGUCUUCAGAAAUCUCCAUUAUCAAUGCCCUCCCCCCACGAAACCCCACGGUCAUCCCUGAGUCAUCACUCCUCCCCAUUGGCUAAAUCCUCCCCUCUGGCCCAGCCCCCAGUGGACAUACAGCGACAUCACUCAGUGUCCAGUAUAGAGGAAGCUCAGUCCAGAAUAGCGGCAGGGUCCAGAGACUUAGGGGGAGAUGGGGAUGGAAGUGACGAUGAGAAAAUGGUUAUUGAUGAAGAUAAAGGUGAUAAGAGUGACGCUGAAGGUAAAAGCCUAAUUUGUCAUGAGCAUGUGUCUGACAGCGAGACAGACUCCCAGACAGAGGAGGACGUUCCUACUGAGAACAAAAUUAACAAGGCCUUCCCACAGCAACGAUUCUCCCCCUCCAAUCAGCCAGCUGAUAUAGCAUUCAGACCCACCCCAAUCAAGAAGCUGCCUGAGGGUCAGCCCAAGAUUGUUCAGUCAUCAAUUCCUGGGGCAGGGCUUGACUUGGCUGAACACAUUCCAAGACCAUCUAGUGUGGGCUCUGGUUUCCAGCCUAAAGGUGCUGUCUUCAGAGCAAAAAACGCCCAUUCAAGAAUGGCCUCUACAGGAAGUGUUUUAGAGGGAUCUCAUGCCAAGCAUGACGGCACUCCAAGGCUCUGUCAGCAACCUCCAAUCAAAGUGGGCAAUAUGAAGAUCCACAACAUUACGAUGACAACUCAAAACCAACAGCUUAUUGUGUCCACAACGACUGAAACAGUGCUUGGGAAGCAGAAUUCCAAAGGCCAGGUUAUCAACAAAGUGACAAAGUCCAAGCAGAGGAACAAUUCUCAGCAAGUGCCCAUACAGCCUGCUGUAACCCCACCCUUACAGUAUCAGACCAAACCAGUCACAUCAAGCAAUGUUCAACUGAUUGCUCCCAAUCAGACCAUAGCUACAAAUAUGGUACAGAACAACAUGGUGAUGUCCACUUUCUCAACUAUGGGCAAACCAAUUACCACACCUGUGCCCAUUGCUUCUAAACCCAUUGUUUCAAUGCAGCAGGCACAUAUUGCCACACCAACAACUCUAAAGGCAGGAGUUCCAAACAUUCAGCAAAUUCAGACCGGUCCCAACAAUGGUGUUAAAGGAAUGAGCACAAUUGUCCUGCAAAACAUUCCAGCUUCUCAGUACACUAUUUUGAAUACCCAAAAUAUUGGAAGCCCUGUGGCUGUUACAAAAGCCAUAACCACAUCAGUGUCCACAAUUCAAACCAAUCAGGUCUCUGGAGGGUACAUCACAACACUGAGGAAUAUUGUCCCACCUCAAAACCAACAGUCACAACCUUCACAAACUCCUACUACUAUUUAUACAAAUCUGGUGCAACUGAAGUCCACCAAUCAGACAGCAGCUACUCCUUCAGUGCUGAAUGCUGUGAAUUCCCAGCCAGGACUUCAGCCAACACAGAUUCAGUACAUUCUUCCCUCAGUGAGACUGGAGACUCCUAAUGGGGGCAAAGUCCAAAAUCUUCUGCAAAUGGCCCUUCCUGGUGGACAAGUUCAACAGUUGUCCUUUGGUGGUAACCAAUCACAGGCUCCCUUACAUUCUCCACUACCACCUCAGAUGCACCAGCAACAUUAUCCAUUACAGCCCUCUCCUCAGCCAGUUCAUACUGGACAAAAGAUCCAGCUGGCUCCAGCUGGGUCCGGAAUCAAGAUAAGCCCAGUCAAAUUCCAGGGUCAAGCCAAUCUUCUCCAACCCCAGCAGCAGCAACAACAGAUUGUGCUGAAUGCCACCAAACAGCAGGCCCUACCCGUGACUGUGACCCAGUAUCAGAUAGUUAACCAGCCCUCCCCAUUACCCACAGGAGCUGUAGGAACAUCACAUCAGAUACCCACAGUGUCCCUGGCUCAGCCUAUAGUGUCGCUGGGAGCCUUCCAACAACAGCAACAAACCAUCACACAACUCCAGGGCCAAACCCCCGGGGCCACAAUCACACAGCUACAAGUCCACCCUCAGACCCCCACCCACAUACCAACCCCACACACACCCACCCAGGUAGCAGGCCAGGGGCAGAUCACCCAGCUACAGCAAGUCACUCAGAUGCAGCAAGCUAAACAGUACCCUGUCAGCCAGGUGUUGACCCCUGGGGCUCAGUACCAAACCAUGGGACAACAGCAACAGAGAUUCCAGUUCCUGCCCACACAGCAAAAGGUGAUGGUUCCUCAGUCAGUGACUAUAGCAUCAGUUGCCUCCCCUUCACCAGCAGUCUCCCCAGCUUACAUUCAGACCUAUGUAGGAUCUAUUCAGCCAAAUAAUCAGGGAGGGGUACAACAGGUGCUGAUUCAGCCCCAGGCCAUGCGGUCCCCAGCUGCCAGUCCAGGUCUUACACAGAACAUCCCACAGCAGCAAACCAUCGCAACCAAUCAAGGAAAAUUUGUAUACUAUUCAGCACCAAGCCCUACCCCUAAGGCUUCAGGAGGUAUAGCCACCACAGAGAAAAGUGACAUCGGAUUUGUGUCAGGAAAUAAUCAGAACUCAAGGCCUCUGAAGGUUAAAGCUACUAUAGCUAAUAUCCCUGUGGCCACUGAAAGUUUUCCAUCCACUCCAACCUCUCAAGGCAUAAGAAAUUCCUCAAGCCUUGCUGCUAACAGCCCUGCUGCCCCAAAAGCCCCUAGCCCACAGCCUGCAUACAGGAGCCCACCCGCAAUGAUUGGGCAGCACAAGCCCCAGAAGCCGUCUCCACUGGUACUGGAUAAUUCUGCGAUGGUCGAAGCUUCAGAUUCAAAGGCAGAGGAGGAGAGAAAGGAAGAGGGUGACAUUCGCCAGGAGAGGGCCUGCAAGGGGCGAAAAUACAAGGAACUAGUGGAGACAGGGGCAGUAACUCCACGCAGGGAAAGAAAAACCUCUAAGGGCAGUUCUGGACCUGAUUCCAGUGAGGAGAAGUCACCAGGCACCCAUUUUACCCAGAAAUCUCCAGUACAUGCUGGACUACCAGAGCAGAGCAUGCCCGCCCCCUCUCCUGCCACAACAGUUGGGACCCCCCUCAGCCCACGACCAAAACAUAAGCCCCCUCCCCUGCCUGUUUCAUUAUCCCAGAGUUCCUCUAUUCCCUCCCAAAGUCCAGCUCAGAGCCCAAAGAAGGUCACGUUCAAGAAGAAAUGUGAGGAUGGAAUGGAAAAAGUGCUACAGGUGGUUGACUUUGAGCAGAAGUUUGACCGGUUGCCCCAGUUUAUCCCCGAGGAGACAGAUAUGUCUUCGCCUCUCCCCCAGAGCCCUCGAGGAAUCAUCAGUAACUACAAACAACGCAAGAGGAAAAUGUCAUCAUUAGCCACAGGGGAGCUAACUCCCAGGGAAACAGAAAUGGAGGGAAUUUCUCCUAGCCCAAGUUACAAGAAAAUGUCCAGCGAAUCGGAAGCCAACACCCCUCAUACCCCCCAUAGUGCUCGUUUUGAAGACAACAUGUUCUUUGGAAAAAACUUUGAUAUUGAACAAAUGGCACUAUCAAAAAGUGCAGAGGAUUUUGGGGAGGGUAGUAUUGCUUGUUCCCCCAGGACUCCUAACUCCCCAGCAGGACAGUUUUCUUCUUUGCGACGAAUCCUUGAUCAGAGAAGACAACUUGUGAUGCAGCUCUUUGAACAAUUUGGAUUAUUUCCCUCUGCCCAAGAUACAGCCAAUUUUCAGGCAGAGCAUGCCUCUGUUUUCCCCAGCAAGGUUUGUUUGCAGUUGAAGAUUAGGGAAGUUCGUCAGAAAAUGAUGGCCCAGUCAGCAGCAGCAGAAAAGGCUGGAGCUGGUGGAGACGCAGGUCAGAGGUCAUCAGAAACGACUCCAAAUCCAGAGCCAUCUAGUGGGGGAGACAUGCGUGAUUCAGGGGAAGUGAAUUCAAUGUCGGUACCUCCCCACUCUGAGGGUAAUAUGGAGUAAAAGUGCUAUUUUAAUGUUAGAGACUCAUAGUGUAAAUAGUUUUUGAUCAAAUCUUUGUUCCUUAUUCUGUAUUAUCAAAGUGCAAAUUAUUCGUAUAUUAGAUAAUAUUUUGUUUUGUACAUAAUUUUGUUUAACAAAAACGUUUUUUAAAUGGCAAAUUUGGUGAUAUUUUAUGGCAUUGUUUGGGAAAGACACUGUAGACUCCUGAAUUAAAGCAUCUUUGUGAAAUAGAUGCUAUGUGCUCCAAGUUCAGAGUUUGUGAAAUGUUUGAAUUGUAAUGGUUAGUGUAAGGAAUAAUCCAGAAAAGUGCCAAAAGGAGAUAAAUUUGAAGAGAAAUAACCAAUAGCAGAUGAAAUCUGUCAUGUUAAAGAAAAAGGGGCAGGCCCUCGCUCUGUUUACGUACAGAUCAUGAAUUUUAGUCAAUAUUUUUUUUCUCUCUGUGUUUUUAACACUGUGUACAGUUAUAGAUGAGAUUAUAUAUGCUGUUAUAGAUACUGUUUUUUUUAAAUUGAAGUUGUUUGUUAUUUAAUAAGUUCUUGUUUUUGUCUCCUAGCUGUUUUAGCUUCAAGUUGUUCCCUGUGUGUAUGACAACAUUGUUGUCUCAGUUUUUAUGUUAAGAAUCUUCCUAUGUUGUGUCUGUAUAUGUUAAGUGAUAGAUAUAUUAAUAAUAUUAUGAUCAAAAGUUCAUAUUGAUACUUCACAAUUUUAUUUCCAUUUUCUUUUUUCAUAUUGCAUGUGCAAAUAUGCAUCCCCCCCCAAUACACACGCAAACGAUGAUUGGAGAGAUUUUGAGUAGAUAUACAUGAUAUCCAUUGAUAAAAAUACUUAAAAAAAUGAACAUUUUUGUAUUUCCUUAUCAAUAGUAGAUACACUUGCUUUGGGGUUUUAAGAAAAAGGAGUGAUGAAAGCAGAUCUAUGUAUCAUAUCUAUGUAUGCCCAAGAUGUUUUUGACAUUUUCACAUGUUUUGAGAGUGAAAUGUACUAUAAAUCUCCUUGUACAAACUGACCCUUUAUGUCUAAGCAAGGAUUGAAAUAAAUUGAUUUAUUUUUUCAGGGUAUCUUGUUUUUUUACAACUUCAAACUCUCUCUCUCUCUCUCUCUUCUAAUAUUUAGAAGUGAUCAAAGUCAUAUUAGAAUAAAACAAUGUUGAAAGGUACUUUUAAAGGUUGUUUUGAAGAGAUUUUUUAUGAAAGUAAUGAAUAUUUGUAUAAAAAUAUACCACAGAUGAUUUUUUUGAUUUUAAUAUUGUAAAUGACAUUUUAUCUGUGAGAAACUUAUUUUUACUUAACUAUGCCAGAUAGUCUACUCACAAAAAUUUCAUUCCAACCUAUAUUUUUCUUAGCAGUAAACAGAUUUUGUGAAAAAUUUGUCUCACUUAUGAAACUGUAUUAUUAUCACAAAAAAUUGGUGACCUACAGAGCCAAAAAAGGAGAUAAUUAUAUGCAAGACAUCAAUCUAUAACAUUUUGAAUUUUAUGAAAAUGGCAGUUUUAAAGUUGUUAUUUUUGAAGCAUGAAAGAUUACUGUAGUAACUUGUUUGCAUUAUAGAUAAAUGUGAUCAUUCUCUAAAUUUAUUAACUAAUGGACUCAGAUUUUAUUUAAGUUUUACUCAAUGGUUUAUUUAUAGCAACUAAAUUGAAAUAGGAAAAAGAUGCUAUAAACAGAAAAUCAAAAUUAUUUGUCCAUUAGCCUUACAUUAAAAAUGUAAAAGAUCAUUAAUGCUUUAAAAAAAAUUGCUCAUAUGUGUUAAUGUUUUGCUCACAGAUAUGUUUUAGGGGCAUCAUUUUUAAAACUUCAGCAUUCUUUCAACAUUACCUUGUUACUAUAAAUUUGUAUAAAUCUUCAUUUUUUUCAUUUCUAACAGUGUA